GUGGGCUUCAGGCCCAGCGGCAUGGCGGCCGGCGGCGCGGGCGGCCCCCGGGGCCUCAGCGACACGGGAAUCGCGACCGUGGGGCCGACGCGCCCGCCGCCGCCGCCGCCGUCCCCUCCACCGCCGCCCCGCGCGGCCGGCCGGGAGGAAGCGGGAAGGAGCCGAGGUUCCCGGGCGGGCCGGCGUUCCGGGGCGACGGCGGCGGGGGCGGGGGCCCCCUGCCGGCCGGAAGACUUACUCGGCCGCUGCGCCUCUUGCUUGCCAGGCCCGACCUCUGCUCUGGGAGACCCAGUGGUACGGGGAGCGAGGAGCUGCGCCGGACGGGGCUCCCUCCCGGGCUCCUGCUCCUGUUCGCGGAGUGAGCCCCGUGGCGGCGUCCCUUUCUGCAGGGGGCCCUGCACGGAACCGCGCCACCUUGCGGGCCUCGGCUAGCCCGGGGCCCGCUCAGGUCCCAACCCCCCCCCAACCCCCCCGCUGUGAGCAGUUACUGUUACUGUUUCCUAAUCCGGGGACCUUUCCAAACCCCGGUCAUCCAGGAGCGCAUUUACUAAGUAUCCGAUGCCCGGAGGCCGCCGGGCCGGGUCCUGGCCACAGGAAUGUAACAAACGAAGCCAUCCUUUAUCCCGCGGAAGCCGCGACACAGUGUCUCCCCGAGAGAUACUAAGUAACUAAGUGCCAGAUCGCUGGGAGGGAGGCUCGGGAAAGGCUUCGAGCGGGCGUCUGGGAGACUUUUUUUGAAGUUGAGCGAGAAAGGGUAGCAACGGAAAAUGGCCAAAGCGUGAGAGAUUGUGGGAGGGACAUGGGAUUAGGACCCAUGAGGCUGGAGCUGUGGUGUGUAUGAAAGACCUUUAAAAAACUCCUCAGAGGAGUUUGCAUUUGAUCCUACAAGUCACUGGAAUUUCCUAAUGGAGUGGUCUGUUGGGAUCAUCCGGGUGAUAAAGACCUAAAUUAAGGAGACGGUGAGCCAAUCCUUUGAACUGCGCAUCCUCACAGAGAGCAGGUCUCAAGUAAUAAUCUGGACUGAAAUCUUCUACACAGACUUAUUCAAUCUUGGCUCUCUACAGAUUUGCUUUUUUCUGGUUAUUUUCUAGCAAAAACAAAGCCCUUAAAUUGU